AUGCUGGCGUCAAAGACGGUGUCGAUGUGCACCCCGCAGACGACGCAGGGCACUCACGUGUUCGACAUCUUCGGGUACAUCCAGCACAGGAACAUGGCCGUCAGCAAUUACAUAAGGUCCGGCUCUUUCUCCAUCGGCGGUCAUGACUGGUACAUCGUCCUCUUCCCCGAUGGACGGAGUGAGUUUGAGAAGCUGACCUACAUUCAGGAUGAUCGCCUGACAAUCGAAUGCAAUGUCACCGUUUUCAAAGAACCGCAUGUGUCUGAAACCAAAUCGUUCCCUGAGAUCGAGGCGCUACCGUCCGACUUAACUGAACAUCUUUGCAAGUUGUUUCACGAAAAAGAGGGAAUGGGUGUUACUUUCAGUGUUGGAGGCCAGACCUUUGGGGCUCACAAGGUCGUGCUAGCCAUGCGGUCACCAGUAUUCAAAGCAGAAUUCUAUGGGCCGAUGACGGAGGCGAGGGCAGAGUUGGUGACCACUGACCAGGCUGAAAGAAAGAAAUGCAUUGCUCCAUUGUCUCUGCACAUAAAUGUGUCUUCUUACGAAAUUAAUGUUAGAACCUUGACGGGAUUCACUCGCACCAAUUUGUUGUGGGAUAGAAAUGUGCAACAAAGAAUAUAA